AUGCCGAAGCAAAGUCUACCGUCCUCUAGGGCUAGGCCAUACUCAUUCAGAAAUCGCGAUAAGGAACAAGCCCCAAGAAAGGUCAGAGGAAGGAACAACCGCUCGCCCGUAGUCGUGCAAUGUACAUGUUGUGGAGGUCAGGGGCAUGCCGCUCUUCAGUGUUUCAAACGGCAAACAUCACAUUGCACGGUUUGCUCCCGACCUGGACACAUGGCUAGAGCAUGUAGAACAAGAAUGCCAAAUACAAAGAAAGUCUUCCGCCCGAUCAACUGGUGUGCGGAGCCCAGCAUCUCCGACCUUGAUGAGGUAGAAAGUAGUGGGAAUAAUAUUGAUAGGUUAACGCAUAAAGUGCGUCAAGGUCGUAGAGAAGAGCUGGAUAAGUUGAGUCGCCCGGCCGAAGUCAGGAAAACGGCUCAAGAUCGGUUGGUAAGACAAUCCAUAGAGCUGCAACGACCGGGAGAUAAACCGCCGUGCCGCAAAGUAAAAGUAGAGCCGGCUGCAAUGUUGAAGAUAAGAAUCCAAGGUACGGACGUAACGUGUGAAUUGGAUACUGGAGCUUCUGUUUCGACACUGGAUUUGGCGUCAUGGAGACGGAUAGGGGAGCCUCCACUGUCGGAAGCAACCAUUGAGGCUACGGCCUACAAUAAUAGUCCCAUUCAUUUUAGUGGCAAAUGUACAGUUUUAGUUGAAUUCAAAGGCAAACAGGCCAAAAUGGACCUACAUGUGCUAGAAGGGGCUACCCAUACAUUGUGCGGAAGAGAUAUGAUUAGAGCGCUAGAAAUUAAUUGCGAACCGCAUUACCCAAGUAUCUAUCGAAUAGAGGAAAAAUUCCGAGAAAAUGCGGAAUGUCGGCUCGCUAAAAUCCUAGAAGAAAACAAAGCCUUGUUCAAGCCUGGUUUAGGGAAGUGCAUAACAACACAGGCUACGCUCAAGUUUAAAACAGUUUUUUAG